GGUGUAGUAGCUCUGUUUAUUAUUAUUAUAUUUAUUUAUUAUUACAAGAUAUCCUCACUCCAUUGUCUGGAGACACGUCCAGUUCAGGGCAUUUCAGCAUCAAACGUAUUGAUCAAUCAAAGAGUUAAGCUAUUUUGAUUCACUGCAACGAAUUUCGUAUGGACAGUAUGUAACUGGACACUAAUAGUGAGCCCCACACAGGCACUGGUAACGAGAACGUACACUGAACGGAGAAGCCAACUGUGCACAAUUUAAUUGCACACCAUUUAAUAUUUAAUACGACAGACGAAGUAACGGGAAGGAUGUACAGAGAGGGACUGGUGGUAAGAAUUCACACGCUCACAGGGGCAAACGGUGAGAACAAAACCAGCUUCCGAAAGACUUUUUGACGUGUCUCCCAGGUUUCCCUGUGGCGCGAUUAACCGCGCCUUCCACUUUGCGAGGAUUAAUUGCAGUCGGGCAGGAAUAUAAAGGAAAGGAACAAUCCCACAGCUGGCGAUGGAGUCUGCAAACACAAGCUGGAAACGUUGCUGUGAGUCAUACAAUUAAUUAUCAUCAUGUCUACAGAAAAGGCGAGGUUUCCAGAUGUUGCUGGGUAUGUGGGAUUCGCGAACCUGCCCAACCAGGUCCAUCGGAAAUCAGUGAAGAAAGGUUUUGAAUUUACGCUGAUGGUUGUCGGUGAAUCUGGUCUUGGAAAAUCAACAUUGAUUAACAGUCUUUUUCUGACUGAUCUAUACCCCGAGCGCUAUGUACCCGGGGCUGCAGAAAAAAUUGAAAGGACAGUUCAAAUAGAAGCUUCAACUGUGGAAAUCGAGGAACGGGGAGUGAAACUUCGCCUAACUGUUGUGGACACGCCAGGAUACGGUGACGCUAUCAACAGCCAAGACUGCUUCAGACCCAUUAUUCAGUAUAUUGACAAUCAGUUUGAGCGAUAUCUUCACGACGAGAGUGGCCUGAACAGACGACAUAUCAUAGACAACAGGGUCCACUGCUGCUUUUACUUCAUAUCCCCCUUUGGUCAUGGCCUGAAGCCUCUGGAUGUGGAGUUUAUGAAAGCCAUUCACAGCAAAGUAAAUAUUGUACCAGUGAUUGCCAAAGCAGACACACUGACGCUUAAGGAACGUGAACGACUGAAGCGAAGGAUCCUGGAUGAAAUCUCUGAGCAUGGCAUCCGAAUCUACCAGUUGCCAGAUGCAGACUCUGAUGAAGAUGAGGAAUUCAAGGAGCAGACAAUGAUUCUGAAGGCCAGCGUACCCUUUGCUGUCAUUGGCUCUAAUCAAUUAAUUGAAGUAAAAGGAAAAAAGAUCCGUGGUCGUCUGUAUCCAUGGGGUGUGGUUGAAGUAGAGAAUCCAGAACAUAAUGACUUCCUCAAACUUCGCACAAUGCUUGUCACACACAUGCAGGAUCUACAGGAAGUCACUCAAGAUCUGCACUAUGAGAAUUUCCGCUCAGAACGGCUGAAACGUGUUGGCAGGACUGUGGAAGAUGAAACGGUUGACAAGGACAGGAUGCUGUUGCAGAAGGAGGCUGAGUUGCGUCGCAUGCAGGAGAUGAUUGCUCAGAUGCAGGCACAAAUGCGAAUGAAGCCUGGAGAGGAGCGUGAUGGACAGUGAGCAAUAGACCAAUUUUGCUUAUACUUACAGGGACAGGACACAGUGCACGUCCUACUGACUGAGAACACUCCUAUCCCUCAGAUGCAAUGCUGACUGUCGAUGUUUAUAGCAAAAAGAGGAGGAAACAAUCUUCAGAUUAAUCUUGCAUGGAAUUAUUUCUAUAUUCAACUCUAUAUCCCAAUCAUAGAUGUAUUUUCUAUCUUACCUAUUUGUACUGAUCUUUCCUGACUAGAGCUGGUAUCUUUUUUACUGUUUUUAUAUAGUUUGUAAACCCUUUACAGACUGCUACGUUCCUUUGAUUUUGCACUCUGGAGUAUCUCCAGGUGUUUUGAGCAUAUAAUCACUUCUCUCCUAGUGGCAGAUAUUGGUGUAUUUCAGAGUCUCUAGCAAUGUCAUAUAAUUUUUCACAAACAAGAGGGAAUGUUACAGCCAGCAGUGCUGCCUAAUGAUAUCCCUGCAAUAAAAUAACCUCUUAAUAUAACUGCUUGGGUUGCACAUGAUUUUAAAAAAAAAUCAAAGCUGCCCCAGCAAACUACUUUACUUUAAAAUUCCAUCUGAACAAAAAGAAUGAUGAAGGCAAUGACCCUGGGUUGCUAGCUGGAAUAAAAAACAAAUCAUAAUCUAAUCUAUUCAACAUGUGCAAUAGAAUUUUAUCACACUUGACAAUCAUACUGAUCAUUCAGCUGUCCUUGGAUACUUAAUUGUGCUGAUUCCUUCUUUCCCACUCCCGAAAUCAUUAUCUAACCAAUGCUCGAUAAAUGCCUAAGUGAAUUGAUCUGUUGCAUAUCUAGAUGCAGAUAAUGCACCUUCGAUCUACCUGUCAAAUUGUGCUGCAUCAGACACUGUUAACUCACUAUACACUUAUUGAACUGUGACACAAUUGUACACUACUUGAAUUCAGUCAGAUUUAAAACUUUACUGCAAACAAGCCAAAUUUAUACAAAAUGCUAAAUGAUGAGUGUUUUGAACUUCAGUUAAAGGGUUAUGCUUUGAAAUGUGCUAAGAUAAUCAGUAAUUGGGGCAUCCUUGUACAUGUUUCUGUAAACCUGCAGUGUAUUACACUGUAUUAGUUAUUGUCCUUUCACAGAGUGUAUUCUAUUAAAAAUAGAAAUGCUAGAAAUCUAUAGCAGCCCUAGUUGCCUCUUUAAGAAGAAAAAUAGGCAUUCUGCAUAUGGCUGUUAUUAUAUUCAAUUAUCAAUUAUGUUUGGAGUCUAGCUCAAUUUUGUAUUCGCCCCAGACUGUGCAAUCUUGCACUGCAGUCUGAAUACUAAAACUGUAGGUGUUAUUCAAGUAACUCGUGUUGAGACCCAGCCCUCCCAAGAGAGUAUUUGCACAAUGACUCUGGAUGCCCAAUCUCACCUACAUCUGAUAGGUUUACAAUGUUUACAUUUCUCUCACAGGGCUUUAGACCCCAUUUGAAAUAAGCAAUCAUUGUCGGAAGGCUUGAAAUUGUGGAAAUACCCCCAUUUAAAAUACUAGUCUUCCAUGGUUGCUGCCAUUUAUUGGAAAUGUUUCCAAACUUUCUUAAUCUUAAACUCUGCUCAUAUCAUAGGAUUAUUUUGUUUUCUGAUCCUUGCAGCAAAUUAUGGAGGUUUUCUUUGGAAAGGUCCUAGUCUGCAAGGUUCAAUGAUCAUUGUGACCAAAGAACUGUGCUUAAAAUAAUUGUAGAUGAAGCUAAGCGCUCUAGUUAAUUUUUUUAAAAAAGAAAUUGCAUUUCUCUUUUCUCACCUCCAUCUAACAUACAUUAUUACAGUAGUGUCUGGGUGGCUAAGGUACUGAAACGGUAUAGCUCUUCCAGACAAUUGCUCUAUCAGUUCAAAUUCUUUAAUGGUCCUGUUAAUCUUCUGCAUGAUGAGGAGACUUUCCCAUUUCCUCCGCCCCUCUCUCUCUCUGACCCAGCAUCUAUGCAGGAAAUGGGUAGCAUUGUAGCACACACUGCAAGCUGACAAGACUUGCUCAAGUCCUCCAUGCUACAUUUUGCAGCCCUUUCAAUGUCCACCAGGAACAAAUGGGCUUUGCUAUAUGGAAAUGGAUUACUGGUCCAUGCUACCUACAGUUUGAUCAUUUAGGAUCUAAUGAUUACAAAGGAAAGCAGGAACAGGAGUUAGCUAUUCAAUCCAUCUGAUAUGUUGUUACAUCAGAGCCAGGAGCAUUACUGUCUCAGGAUCUGUCUAGGAAACUGACUGGCCGAGGUACUUAAUUUUCAGAGUUAGUUGUAUGUGGCAGUCAGGGUAACUACAUAUGUAGUCACUAUGAUGUCCAUACUUGACUGUAGAACAAGGUACACUAUUUCUAUUUGCUACAAGAAGGAGUUUCUCAGAUACAGCCACUGUGUAUAAUCUCGGUAUAUUCACCAAGUUGCAGUUUUUUCUUCUUUGGGGAGAGCAGCAUAGAGAAGAGAAUUUUAUUUGCUUAAAUACCAACAAUCUGCCACUUGGAGCCUUUCUUAGUAAUUCCAGACAUAAUCAUAAAAAUGCUUUUAUCUUUGAACACUACAUUUCUUUUGUAUUAAGUGAUCUGCAAUAAAGUACAGAAAUCAA